AUGUCAUUCUCUUUUGACAACAUCGUUACCCCACAGGGCGAAAAGCUCCAAUGCAUCUUCGCUGACCUUCGUGUUCCAAUGGCCUCACUUUCUGACUCUAUUCCUGAGGAUUGUGCCGAGCUGAUAAUGGAGAAGGAGGAAUGGUGCCACUCAUGGGAAUGCAUUAUGCGCAACCUUGACCAAUGUUCAAUCAACGGGAAGACCUUUGGUCUCUUGUUCCCACUGAGCCCUGAAGAAGCUGGGAAGGGUCAUUGCAGCUCCAAAGCUUAUGAUCACUUCCGUGCACAGCUUUGCACAUUCAGAGCUGAAGCUGAGCACCAGGCUUCCAAGUGCACUGAGGAAGAACACCAUCGCAAGGAGACUUUAGCAAGAGACGAGGAUGUUAGGAUGUCUGCUGGCACUGAUGACAAGCACACUGCCGAAGAUGAUGGACCUGCUAAGGAUGGUUCUGGUGAGAAUAAGGCUGAGGAAGAGGAGGAGGGUGAUGAGGAGGAGGAGGAGAAGGAGCACCCCAAGCAGUGCUUUGCCCAAGAAGGCCAUGGUUCUGCCCAAACAGAAGACCCCGUGGAUAAGCACCGCUCCCACGCUUGUCAUCCACAAGGACAGAUUAUGGUCUGCCAGAACUGCAAGGCCACGUGGCAGGGGUGCAAGCACUCAACGCGUAAGGGGAAGGGUUGCGCUAUUAAGCCAUUGCUGCAGCCAAAGGCUUGUACUGCCUCGACCGUGGAAUCUAUGCCCAUGCCCGGACCUUCCAAGGAGGUUCUUAUCCGACGCCUGCGUGACACGGUCGAGGUAUUGGAUGAGGAGGAGGUCACGGAUACGCGAAAGGCUACCGGUAAGAAGAGAUCGUUGAGGGAGGGGAUGGAACCACUGGGCGAUGUGGAAGAUGUGGACCUGGAGGAUCUGGAGACUGAGGCACUGACACGCUCAAUCUAUGCGCAGAUGGCUACUAUACAAGCUAUGAUGGGCAAGGUCAUGAAUGUCGUUGACCUCCUUAGUGUCUGCAACAAGAAGCACCGCCGCCACCAGUAG